AUCCAGAUGUGCGUCUCGCUCCGGUGUCCUUAGUCCACUGCUGGCUGCAGCAGAGUGCGGAGCGUCGUGAAGUCAACAGGAAGGUGCGCAUGGGUCCAUUUAAAGUCCCAAAAGCGAGGCGCACGCAGUCUCUCGUCGCUGAGGUGUUUUUUAUUUUUUCAGUCGGAUGCCACCCAUUCAUACAUGCGUUGAUCAUGUUUUGUGAUCUACACGGUGGACUUCACCCUGAGCGGGUUGAGAUGCAGAGCUAAUGGAGACAGGCAGGGCUGAGCGCGGUGCCACUCCAGCGCGCUGAGCACAGAGCCUCAUUCAGUGCGGAGCGCAGUCUGCCGCAUGACUUGCGCAUCUUUUCUCUGCGCUGCAACUAUUCCUGGCUCAAUUUUCACCAAAGGAGCCGGUUUUGUUUUUCCUGGCAGCUUGAUGGGGAUCACACCUCUCACCACAUGCGUCUGAGUACGGCGUGAGGUGCACCGCAAGACCGAGACGAGCGACCUGCAGGGGCGCGCAGUUAAUUGAAAUCGAUCCAGCGGUUUGUUUUUUGAAUGUGAAGCGGCAGAAGAGGUUAUUUCUCCUCUCCUCCUCCUUCUCCCCCUCCUCUUACCUACAACAUGACUUCACUGUCGGGGACUAGGGAGAGGAGCAGCCGGAGCAGAAAACAUGGGAUGCCCGACUCCUCCCCAACAAAAUCGGCCUCCAUUUUUCCGGACACAUGGUGCCGAAAGGCCUAUGAGGAAACCAGCCGCUCCGGCACUCGUCCAGCGCCAGAGGGAGCCGGCUCCAUGCCCAGCUCCACUGGUACCCCUUCCCCAGGCUCGGGGAUCUCAUCGCCAGGAUCCUUCUCUGGAUCUCCAGGAACCAUUUCCCCAGGGAUUGGCACUGGAUCACCGGGUUCUCUCGGUGGCUCUCCGGGUUUUGGGACAGGAUCGCCGGCCUCAGGGAGCGGAAGUUCACCUGGAAGCGAAAGGGUGAUAUGGUGUGAGAACUGCAACACGCGUCUGACAGAGCUGAAGCGUCAAGCACUGAAACUACUCAUCCCAGGCCCGUACUCCAGCAAGGAUCCGUCCUUCUCACUCCUCCUCCACGACAAGCUUCAGGUGCCCAACAGUUCUCGGCGUGCGUGGAACGAGCGCGACAGUCGCUGCGAUGUCUGCGCCACUCACCUCACUCAGCUCAAACAGGAAGCUGUGCGCAUGGUCCUCACCCUGGAUCAGUGGGAUCUGUCUCCCAUUUCUUCGCCUCCAGCUCGAUACGGAUCUCAUGGACCUUCAGGACCAGCAGGCGCCUCGGGACUGCCAGGAGUUCCAGGCUCACGUGAAUGGGCUCCUUCGGUUCUCCCGUCCUCUUCUGUGACUGCUCCGUACACUCCUCACUCAUCUUCGCAGUCGCCUUCUCCAAGCCCCAGUCAGACCCCGACGCCGAGUCCGAUCCAAGGACAGUCCACCCCCUGUCAAGGGAGUCCCUCAGGGGGGCAAACGUCCAGCUGUGGUCCCACAACUCAACAGCUCCAAGGAUCAGGACACAGACUGGGAUCCAAACCCAGCUCCUUGGGUCUGGGAGCGGGGGUGGACCGAAGGAAUGGCUCCCCCAGCUCAGGGAAAGCCGGUGCCCAGCAGCAACCAGUGAGCGGCGUAAGCAGUCCCAGUAAUAACGGUGGGGGAGCGGUUCUGAGCACAGCGGCUCUGCAGGCCCAUCAGCACCAGAACCGGACUAAUGGAGGAGUCACUCUGUAUCCAUACCAGAUUUCCCAGAUGAUCUCUGACGCCUCAAGAGAAGGAGUGACUGAAGCGGCCCUGAACCGCUACAACUCUCACUCCCCUGCACGCGCAAACUCUCCGUCACACACAAACUCUCCCUCCAACACGCCGGCUGUAACCACCUCGGCACCCACUGCCACUUCUGCAGCCGCCUCCUUCUUCGCCAGAGCUGCUCAAAAGUUGAACUUGACGUCGAAGAAGAAGAAGCAGAAGACCACCAUGGUUGCAGCCCCUCUGACAUCAUCUCCGUCCUCGUCCUGCGACCCUCAUCUGUUCCCGACUAACUUCAGCUCUGCUUUGGUGACGAUGCCGCCGCCUGCUCCACCUUGUCUUCUUCGAGCAGCAAACAAGAUCAAAGAUACGCCCGGCCUCGGAAAGGUGAAGGUGAUGGUCAGAGUUUGCCCAAUGUCUCAGUCUGACGCUGCAGAGUCCAGUUCCUUCUUGAAAGUGGAUCCCAGAAAGAAACAGAUCACCAUCAUGGACCCGUCGACCAACCAGACGCCGAAUGCUGCCUCCCAGAAAAGAGCAGGAGUCAAUCACGCUCCACCAAAGAUGUUCACCUUCGAUGCUGCAUUUCCUCCCGAUGCAUCACAGGCGGAGGUGUGUGCAGGAACGGUGGCUGAGGUCAUCCAGUCGGUGGUGAACGGAGCCGACGGCUGCAUCUUCUGCUUCGGACACUCCAAACUGGGAAAAUCGUACACAAUGAUUGGUCGUGAUGACUCUCUUCAGACCCUGGGAAUAAUCCCCUGUGCCAUCUCCUGGCUGUUUAAACUCAUCAAUGAGAGGAAGGAGAAGACAGGAGCGCGCUUCUCUGUUCGAGUCUCUGCUGUGGAGGUUUGGGGAAAGGAGGAAAACCUGAAGGAUCUGCUGUCUGAAGUGGCUACAGGAAGUCUGCAGGACGGCCAGUCGCCUGGAGUUUAUCUGUGUGAGGAUCCAAUCUGUGGCAUGCAGCUCCAAAACCAGUCGGAGCUCCGUGCUCCCAGCCCAGAGAAGGCGGCCUGGUUCCUGGAUGCGGCCAUCGCAGCUCGCCACAGCAGCCAGCGGCCCAACACCACAGAAGAAGAACACAGGAACUCCCACAUGCUCUUCACGUUGCACAUCUACCAGUACCGCAUGGAAAAGACAGGCAAAGGAGGGAUGUCAGGAGGUCGUAGUCGCCUCCACCUGCUGGACCUGGGGAGCUGUGAUGCUAAAGCCCUGGGAGGAGGCGGCGGCGRGAAAAGCAGAGAAAACUCUUCACCAAGCUCAGCUCCUCUGUGCCUUUCCCUGUCCGCCCUCGGGAACGUGAUUCUGGCCCUGGUCAACGGCAGCAAACACAUUCCCUACAAGGACAGCAAGCUGACCAUGUUGCUAAGGGAGUCGCUAGGCAACAUGAACUGCAGGACCACCAUGAUUGCUCACAUCUCCGCCUCGCCGAGAGAUUUCUCCGAAACCCUCUCCACCAUCCAGAUUGCUUCACGCGUCCUCCGCAUGAAAAAGAAGAAAACUAAAGUAACUGUGCAGUAUACGUCGAGUUCCUCUGGAGGAGAAAGCUCCUGUGAGGAGGGUCGUAUGCGUCGUCCAACCCACCUGCGACCUUUCCAUCACCGUGGUGACGCCAACUCCGAACUGCCGCUGCUGAGGCUAUCCAGCGACCCGGACGAGUACUCCAGCAGCGAGCAGUCCUGCGACACGGUGAUCUACGUGGGCCCAAACGGGGCGGCGGUGUCGGACAGAGAGCUGACGGACAACGAGGGGCCGCCGGAGUUCGUYCCUAUUGUCCCAGCUUUGCUCCGAGGAAAAACACCUGAGCAGCAUCAGAUACAGGGGCAAGGUCCACCAGCUGGAGUCCAGAACAAGGCUCAGACAGACGAGCAGACCAGUGGCCCAGUGCCGCCACAGCCCUCCCAGUCACUGGUUGGUCAACCACUGGCUCCAGUUCCAGAGGAAGGAGCCGAAUGUCUCAAAUGCAACACCUUCGCAGAGCUGCAGGAGAGACUGGACUGCAUAGACGGCAGUGAGGAGGUGGCAAAAUUUCCCUUUGAAGAAAUUCCCGCAAGCAAACCAAGUGCCAAGCAGGAGUCGUGUCCUUCCUCGUCUGCUCCAGGCUCUGUAGAUGGGCUGGAUGCCGAGCCCAAAAUAGCAGCCUCUAGGAGGAGAAGCAAUGACCAGCAGCUUCAAGAAAUCAAGGAGGUGGUGGAGGAGGCAGAGCUCGCCCAAACAAUGAUCCACAGUUUAGCUCAGGCCACUGGAUGCCCCCUGGUUACCAGUACCAGGAGCAUAACUGGGAGCAGCAGCAUCAUCACCUCCAACCCCUUACACAAAGCCAAGAACUCUCAGCUACAUGACAGCCGUGAGAAUCUGAAUGCGGUCGGCAAUAUUGAGGGGAAGGCUCGUCCUCUUGGGUCGCCGCGCUUGGGCAUCGCAAGCCUGACUAAAACCUCAGACUACAGGCCUCCAUCUUCCCCAUCACAGCGAUGUAAGGUGUACACUCAGAAGGGUGUAAUGCCAUCAACACCCCCACCGUCCUCACACAGCCUGGCUCAGGAUGGCCAGGCCACUGAGGCUUUGACCUCUGACAACAGUUUGGCUGCAGACAGUGGUCGCUCCUCCACAGAGUCGCUGCUGUCCAGGACUUCUCCUGCAGGGAUGAGCCCACAAGUCCGAGAGCCAACCGCAUCCCUCUCUGCCAGCCUGGGCUCAGCUGAGACACUCUGCGAUGACGACGUCCCACCGAUACCUUUGGACACACACAAAGACGCUGCAGCAGCAUCUGUAGGAGGAAGUGGGACUCUUCUCCCUGGAGAGGAUGAUAUAGUUUACACCACGGCCUGCAGAGAUGAAGAGGACAUUGUUGCUACAACUCUUGUUGAAGACCGGAGCUUGGUCUGUCGUCCAGUGAGCAUCAUCAGCUUUAACAGUGACUGUGGCUCUGAAGCUGCCCUCGCUUUAGAACCUCAACCCAUCAGCAUUAGCGGUGACGCUGCUUUAGAUGGAGCAAUGGAAAGUUACCACCUGUCUUCAGGAAUUGCAGCAAACACAGGGGUUAAGGAUGUGGUGGCAAUGGCAGAGGUGGCGAUGGCCAAGUUGCGGACUGGCGAAACUUUAGCCACAGGAAUGUCAAACUCCGGAUCACCCAUGUCCUCUUGGAUGAGCGAUCUCAGCAUGUGCAGCGAAGCAGAUCAGUCUCUGCACAGCUUCAGCCAGUCUCAGAGUCAGCAGGGGGAGGCACUGGCUGAUUCUGAAGCCAGCCAAAGCUUUGAAGUUGAGGUUUUGGAUGGAUGUGGGAGUGGGGAAAGUUCAAGAAGAGGCAGUCUGGAAGGAGAGCUGGUUCUAUCAGAGAAGGUGUCGGAUAAAGGGACUCCAAGUAGAGACAGGCAGAGAAAACUGCCACCGUCUAUGGCGAAAACUAACAUUCAGAUUCUGCCUGGGCCUGGAAAUGUUUCCCCUUUCAAGACUACAAUAAGUGUUCAUCCUUGCAUGGUUGUCAAACCCAUGAUUAUACAUGAGCCCACAAUCCUCUGCUCCCCAAUAAAGACGACCUUAAUGAAAGACACAGGGAAAGCUAAAGCUGAAUUUUUAGCCUCCAUCUCCAGUGAGAUCAACUUUGAAGACCCUUGGUUGAAACGUGGAAUGGAGGAAGGAAGGCCUAGAGAACUUAUCUGUGAAGUGAAGCCAGAAAAAAGGGAAGUAGAGCCUUUAAAGAGCCAUGGAAGGAACCUUUGCAAGGACGGUGGGGAUCACAGUAGCUCUGGAUCAGGCGGUGAAGUGGUUUCCUCUCCAGAUUCAUUCAAGAGAGUUGUGGAUGGUUGCGAGAUGAUCACUGUUGCUGUCCAAGGUGAAUGUUUGACUGGUAUCUGCAGCCUAGAUAUCCACCGCACAGCAAGUCUUCCCCGCGGCUGGCACCGACUCAACCACCACGAUGGCUUAGAAAGUGGAACAGAGUACCGCAACCUUGGAGUCACCAAUUCAACACCCUGCAGUCCCCGUGCCACACUUGAACGCUUAGGAUCCAAAGGAAAACAGGGAUUGUUCUCCCACAAGAAGGGAGGAAUCCCACCUCUUCCACCAGUACGAAAGUCCAGCCUUGACCAGAGAAAUAGGGCAGCCAGUCCUCUCCCCCAACCCACUCAUGGUGUGUCAUCACUAAGCAGCUCUACAGACAAUUCAGGGAUCACCAGACAGCGCGGUUCCAGCAUCGACAGUAGCAGACUCUUCAGUGCCAAGUUAGAACAACUGGCCAGCCGAACAAACUCCCUUGGCAGAGUCCACGGCUCGCACAGUGGCUCCCACCACUAUGACUGCUUUUCCCUGGAGAGAGGUGAGAGCCUUAGGGGGGCAGGAGGAGUCAGAGGGGACUCCACCAUGCCUCGCACUGGUCGCAGCAUCACCCGGACCGGCUCAGUAUCGUCACCCACUGGGAACCCCAGCAGUCCCAGUUUCAGUGGAGGCAGUAGUCCAAGCAGUGCUCCACAGUCACCAGCCAAGAGCAGUGGCCAGUCAAAGAUCUCGGCAGUUAGUAAAUUGCUUAUGACCAGCGGUCCUAAAUCUAGGAGUCUUUCUGCAUCCAGCACCAAGACUCUGAGCUUCUCCACCAAGUCUUUAACCCAGACUAGCAGCCGCAGCUCCAGCCUCCCCCCGAAUGGAAAGAACUCAGUCCAGGCCCCCGUUCAGCAGCAGCAGCAGCAAGGAUCUGCCCCUGGAUCGUGGUCGACCCAGUCCCUGAGCCGCAGUCGGGGGGGAAGUCUAACAGCCAAAUUGCCUCUGCGGGCGGUCAACAGCAGAAUCUCAGAGCUCCUCCAGGGAAGUGCAGGAUCCCGCUCCAGGGGCCACGUCCAGGGAGGAAGCACAGAUCGAGCCGAGGACAAAGGACCUGCAGCAGCAGCGAGUGGAGGUGGAGCAUGUGGCGAUAACCUGGGAGAGGAGAGGGCAGUUGUGGUGCAAACACUCCCCUCUCCUUACAGCAAGAUCACAGCUCCGAGGAAACCACACCGCUGCAGCAGCGGCCAUGCAAGUGACAACAGCAGUGUACUGAGUGGAGAACUGCCCCCAGCUAUGGGGAAAACUGCCCUGUUUUACCACAGCGGAGGCAGCAGUGGCUACGAGAGCAUGCUAAGAGACAGUAGUGAGAACACAGGAAGCACUUCCUCGGCUCCAGACUCACUCAGCGAGCACAGCUCAGCCACCACCUCCUCCCGACGGAGCUCCAAGAGUAGCAAGAAGAGCAGGAGCAACUCAGGCCUCCAGCGGCGACGUCUGAUCCCAGCUCUGACCCUGGACUCCUCGUCUUCGUCACCUUCUCAGCGCUCCUCCAAACAAGCCAUGACCUCCUCUUCUUCCUCCUCCUCCAGUCCAGGUGCAUGCUGGGUGGACGGCCCACUGGGGCCUCCUGCGUCCUCAAACCACCGCGGUGUGGCUGCAUCCACAGAAACCAUUGAGAUCAAAGUGUACGAGAUCGACGAUGUGGAGCGACUGCAGAAGAGAAGGGACAAAGGAGGGAGCAAGGAGGGUGUGUUUGUCAGCGCCAGGCUGCGUGUGUUGGAGCACCGCCAGCAGCGAAUCAGUGAAGUCAGAGCCAAGUACCAGUGUCUGAAGAAAGAACUGGAGCAAACCAAGCAGCACUUGAUGCUGGAGCCACACAAAUGGACAGCUGAGUUCGAACUGCAGCAGCCCUACGACGUGGACUCAGUGGAGUAUUUGGAGGCACUGGAAACGGUGACCGACAAACUGGAAACCAGAGUUAACUUCUGCAAAGCCCAUCUUAUGAUGAUUACCUGCUUUGAUGUGUCCUCAAGACACCGGUAGAUGGGUGAGAGGCGCAGAGAGACCACAGUGAGAGAACAUUAUUCUAACAGUGGACAACAGGAGCGCAAGGACGGAGCGACCCGUUACUCAUGCAUCUCCCCUGGAUGGACAGAAGGGCAGAUCAGAUGAAUGAAUGGAGAGAUCUACAGUGAAAACUAGCAAACAUCAAGCUUUUGGUGUUUGAGUGAAAUACUCAAAGAAGAGAAGGGGAUUGUAGAACGGCAGAUUACUGAAUGAAAUAUCUAACGCCACACACACCAAGUUAAGAAUGUAUUGAGAAAAAGAAAACCGGACAAGAAAAAUGCCACUUCUCAAAAAAACAACAAAGAAAAGGCGGAAGAAAAGAAAUCAGACCUGUAGUUCAUUUUCAUUUUUUAUAAAUAAAAAUAAACUACACUUAUGAUGAAUGUAGUUUACAGGUACAUUACUGAACCUGUAAAUGAGGUUUAACGACAGAAAGAUGCUGAAUUGUAUCGCUGAGAGAAAGACAAGAGGAAAUGAUUGAGAUAAGUGCCUUGAGAACAUUUCUAACACCACCAAGACCAAUUCUUUCAGAUUUUUUUUGUGUACAUGCCGUUGGUAUGGUGCUAGUGUAGAAAAAAAAAUUGAUGUCCUCGGAAAUUUUCAUUUUGCAAUUUCCUAGUGUGAUGUUUUUCUGUGGGUCGGUGUUUCCCAGUUCGAUUUUUAAAAAAAUGUUUUAGUGUAUUACCAUUGGUUUGUUAAUGAGAGAAACUACAGCUCUGGAAAAAAUUAAGAGACCAUUUAAAAUGAUCAGUUUCUAUGAUUUUACUUUUUAUAAGCAUAUGUUUGA